UUUUUCGGGUUUCUCCGACUUCUAUCGGCCGCCCUGAGUUUUCUGUAUUGUAAAAAGCUGCUGCUGUGAAUCGUUAGAGGAGGAGGAGGAAUGGGGGGGGGGUCUGGGUAGCCAAAUUUCUCCCCUGGUAGUGAACACAUCCGGAGUCCCGACGAUCGUAAUUUAAAAGCACGUUGUAUCUUUUAGGACACAGUUUUAGAUGUAUAUAUUUUAAGAUUAAUUUAUGUCAUUUCGCUUAGUUUAUGCUUUACGUUAACAAGCUGGGAGGGCAGAAAUGGCGGCCAACAUGUACCGGGUCGGAGAUUAUGUCUUCUUUGAAAACUCCUCCAGCAACCCUUACCUGAUCCGUCGGAUAGAAGAACUCAACAAGACCGCCAGUGGGAAUGUCGAGGCUAAGGUGGUUUGUUUCUACAGGAGGAGAGACAUCUCUCACAGCCUCAUCCAGCUCGCAGAUAAACACGCAAAGGAGUUGGAAGAAGAGAAGGAGAACCCAACAGAGACAGAUCUCACAGACAAACAGAAACACCAGCUCCGCCACAGAGAGCUCUUCCUCUCCCGACAGUAUGAGAGUCUACCUGCGACACACAUCAGGGGGAAGUGCAGUGUCGCAUUAUUGAACGAGACUGAAGCCGUUCUUUCAUACCUAGACAAAGAGGACACUUUCUUUUACUCACUGGUGUACGACCCGACUCAGAAGACCCUGCUGGCCGAUAAGGGAGAGAUCCGAGUGGGACCGCGCUUUCAGGCAGACGUACCUGAAAUGUUGCAAGAGGGAGAGGCAGAUGACAGGGACCAGUCCAAACUGGAAGAGAAGCUCUGGGAUCCAGAGUGCCCUCUGACCGACAAACAGAUAGAUCAGUUCCUAGUGGUGGCGCGGGCGGUUGGGACCUUUGCCCGAGCGCUGGACUGCAGCAGUUCAGUUCGACAGCCAAGCUUGCACAUGAGUGCGGCUGCAGCCUCCCGGGACAUCACACUGUUCCACGCAAUGGACACGCUGCAUCGCCAUAAUUACGACCUGUCCAGUGCUCUGAGCGUGCUGGUCCCGGCGGGCGGCCCGGUGCUCUGCAGGGAUGAGAUGGAGGAGUGGAGCGCCUCGGAAGCGGCCAUGUUUGAAGAGGCAUUGGAAAAAUACGGAAAAGACUUCAACGACAUCCGACAAGACUUUCUGCCAUGGAAGUCCCUGACCAGCAUCAUAGAGUACUACUACAUGUGGAAGACCACAGACAGAUAUGUGCAACAGAAGAGACUGAAGGCAGCUGAGGCAGAAAGCAAGCUGAAGCAGGUUUAUAUCCCCACAUACAACAAACCCAACCCCAACCAGAUCUCGAUGACCAACGGCAAGAUGGCGACUGUGAACGGAGCGGGCCCCGGGGCUUUCCAUGCAGCGGGAGGAGGCAGAGCCUGCGAGAGCUGCUACACCAUGCAGUCGGCCCAGUGGUACUCGUGGGGACCUCCCAAUAUGCAGUGCCGCCUGUGUGUUUCCUGCUGGAUGUACUGGAAGAAGUACGGCGGUCUGAAGAUGCCGAGCAGAGCCGAGGCCCCAGAGGAGAGGACCUCCCCGAGUCCUGCAAGCAAUGAGUCUCGCUCCAGGAGUCACGUUCCCCGCCAGUCCAACCACAUGGUACCGAUGAGGAACAGCGGCAGCCCCAAGUCCUCCAUGAAGACCAAGCAGGCUUUUCUGCUGCAGGCCACCCGCCUCACCAAACUGGCCCGGCACAUGUGCCGGGACAUCAUCAGGCUGCGCCGUGCUGCGCGCCGGCCCUUUGUCCCCAUUAACUGUGGGGCCAUAAAGGCAGAGUACAUGUUAAGGGUGUCAGAAGGGCAGGGGACCCGGCUACCCAAAACCAGAGCGGCCCAGAGGAGCACUCUGACCAGUGUUCUGCAGUUUCUAGAAUCCCGUCCCAUGGCUCACGCCCCUCGCUCCCACCGCACCCCGGGCCUGCAGACACCUCCGCCUCGCCGCCUCCUCUCCUCUCUCCCCCACGGCCCCCACGGCAUGCUGGGAAAACGCAGCUACCACCACAGCAGGGCUGACCCGGAGAGGCGCUCAGAAAACCCUGGCUCAACAGGAGGACCUCUCAUGCACAACGGCCGCAGCAGCAGCGGAAACACCAGAGGAGGAGUAAUGAUUCGCAAGAGACGCCCCAACUGGAUCGAUGCCCCUGACGACAGCUUCUUCCUUGUCACCCGGGAGACCAGGAGGGCCCGACGGCUGCUGUCCCGCUCCCAGUUAAGGCAUGCCUGUCGACAGCCCUGCGAGCAAAUCACCCUACGUAGAGUCUCCCAUUGCCCCCCGCAGGGGCUGGUUCUGGCUCCUCCGCACCCCCACCCCAGCUUGAGGAUGCGGGGUCCCAUCGUCAUCCACGACUAAUCAAUAAAACUCGGACUCUCUGACCUCCACACUGCACCUGCAUACCUGUUCUUUAAAUACAUCCUCAGUUCUUCGGAGACUUUAAACGCUGUUAUAACUCCUCACAAUGAUUAAACACACUGUUUGGCAACAGAGGGAUGUGUUCAUGAGCCUUGAUGCAAUAGAGAAACAAACCUGACUACAAACUGCUUCCUGUCUUUGACCCCAUUAGGAAUUUGUUCCUAUAUGUUUAUACAGGUGCAACUCAAUAAGUUAGAAUUACAAUAAUUCAAUUCAAAAAGUGAAUAUAUUUGAUAGAUUCAUUACACACAGUGAUAUAUUUAAAGCAUUUUUUCUGUUCAUUUUCAGGAAAAUGGCUUACAGCUAUCAGCCCUUUUCCUUCCACUCAACUUUCAGAUAAUAUGCUUGCUGACAUCAUUCUGUGAACUGCUGUUAAUUUUGAUGAUAGUGGCGAAAUGUUAAUUUUCUCAUUAAAUGUGAGUUUUGCAAAAAAGAAAGUGUAAGUGCUAUAACCAAUCAUAUUAAUGGAAGGUUGAGUGGAGGAAAACAAUGAGAAAGCUGAAAGUCAUAGUCAUUAAAAUUAACAGAAAGAACUGCUGGAAAUAUGUCUCUUUGUGUAAUUGAUCUAUUUGAUAUUACUUACUUUUGGAGUUGAUUCAUUGAAAUCAAUUACCUUUUAUAAUAUUCUGUUUUAUUGAGAUGCACCUGUGUGCUGUAUAUGAGUGCAUGUGAGUGUGUGACUUGAGAGUGUGUUUAUCCCAGUAAUAUAAGGGGAUCUGUGUGCUGUUCCUAUUUUUAAUGGCUGGACAUAAUGACACGACUCCGUGUGAUCUUUUGUUUUCAUGGUGAAUUCUUGUGAAGUUUCAUCAUCUUGUAUAAAGUUAUUUUGGGAGAGGGAUGGGCGGAUAAAGAUGUGCUUGGGAAGGGAUUUCCUGGGGAUUGUCCUCACAAGGAGUCUUUUAAAAAGAGACCAAUGUUCAGAGAUGACAUUAAACAAAAUAAUGAAACUGGACCACGCUGAGUUUAAAGCAGCUUUUUAAGAACUGGCUGCUUCAAAUUGGGUUCAGUUGCUUAUGCUCACCUUGAAGUUUAAAUAAACCGGGAGCGGUGUUGUAGAACGAUCAAAGUAAAUCCAAUAAAACAAUAGCAGUGUUGGGACCAGCCUCUCACAGAAACCAGUGUAUAGUAAAUUGUAUAUCUCAUUACAAAACUGUAAAUUCUUCUCAUCCGAUUUCUAUGGGUGGCUAUCCCUAACAUGGAUACUGAAGCACCUCAUUUGCAUCAAAAAGGGCACAGACUUCCCACAAUUGCCCUCAAGGCUAUAACUUGCAGUGCCUUGCAAAAGUAAUCAAAGCCCUUGAACCUCCUCUCACUUUGUCAUGUUAAAAUCAGAAACUUCAAUGUAUUUCAUUUGGAAUUUCUGUGAUAGACCAACACAAAGUACAUAAUUGUAAAUCGGAAAGAAAGUGAUUCUUAAAAGGUUUCCACAGAGUAAAAUUCACCCCUGUAUUUAACUCUCUCAAUUUGUUUCCCUGCCCUUGCUGAAGAAAUGUGGCCCCACAGCAUGAUUAUGCCACCACCAUGUGUCCCUGUGUGGAUGCAGUGUUAGUUUUUGUCUCAUCUGACGCUCUUCCACAUGUUUGCUUGUCUGACUUGAGCUGUGGAUCUCUGAAGCUCCUCCAGAGAUACCACAGGCCACUGUUGGUACUGGCCACUGUUCUUGCCAGGCAAGUUGGUUUCGGUUGGCCAUUUCUUCUGAAGGCAAUUGGUUGCACUGGAUUUUAUUUAGGGGUAUCAGAUUUAAAAGGGUCUGAAUUCAUAUGCAUGCCACAUUUUUCAGAUUUUUAUUUGCUAAAAAAUUAGAAAACCCUGGGUAAUUUUCCUUCCACUUUACAAUUCUGCACUACUUUUUGUUGGUCAAUCAUAAAAAAUGCACAUAAAAUGCAAUAAAGUUUGUUGUAGUGGCGAGGCAAUGUGAAAACGUUGAAGAGGAAUACUUUUGAAAUACACUGUACCUGCAACUUUUAGAGGCAAAAAAAAAAACAUUUGCUGCUUUAUCAGGAGCUCUUCUCUGCUCUGGUUUUUUCUUUCCUACAAGCAAACAGUCAGGUUUUACUAUGUUGCAACAUUGCCUCGUAAAGUUGUCGGUCCACCUGUUCAGCCUUCAGGUGUGUCUAUUCUGAGUUUUAAAACUGGCAUGACUUCGACCGAUGGGUCGCAUAAUUUCUUCUCUUCAUUCAGAAUGUUUCUGUUAGUGUUUCCUGUCUGUCAUGUGUUGAAUUAUGAAUAUGCUGAGAAUAAUAAAACGGAAAAAACACAACA